CAGCCUAUGCAGUAGUACAAGAGUGAAUCAAUUCUGCCGAAUUGCUUACAAUGUGACAUUAACUGAAAACUGGAGAGGAGGCUAGGCAAGGCUGACAUGACUAAAUAGUUAUAUGAGAGGAUGACGUUUACUUUAGCCUACAUAGAUUACAUGUGUAGGUCAACGAGCAUCUCUUGGAUUUUUUUGCUGAUUCCCCUUCGCACAGUGAAUGGAGGUUUUCAAGUGACAGGGUGUAAGGGCCAUUAUACAAAAUUGUCCUGUCCAGUUCAAGCUUAUAUUAAAAACAACACUGAGAUUAAUAUACUUUGGAAAAAACGGUCUGGUGAAAAGGUGAUCGGGCAACGGUCUGGAGUGAGUGAAACAGGUGACAAAUUCCAGAAGAGAACUGUAAAGAUUGAAGAUGACUUUUCUCUUUUCAUUGAAAAAUGUGACAAGUUGGAUGCAGAUCUGUAUAUUCUCUGCAUCGAUGGAAAACCAAGAUGUGAAGUACGACUAUAUGUCAGUGAGUCAAGUCCACAAUGCAUGCAAUCAAAACAAAACUCAACAGAAUCAACUAAAAGCUCCAAAGUCCCUGCUGUGCAAAAACAAGUUCUCACAGAUGAAAAACACACAACAAAAAACCACACAAAAAAAGAAAACAUUGCAACUGUCGCCAGAUGGACUGUUUUUAUUCCAGUGUGUUUGUUUGGAAUGGUUUGUUUGUUUGUUAUAUUUUUGUUCAUUAAAUUUCCCAAACAAAAAGAUACUACUGAAAAUGAGAAAUCAGAAUCUAAACUUCUUAAUACAGUCAUACAUACCUAAGUGUCAAAACUUGUCCUCUGAGUUUAACUUUAGUUAUGACCCAACAGCUUCCCACAAGGAUGAACAUCUGAACCACUGUACUUUUACUUUCAUCUUUAUGGGAAACUCUUCGUUCAUGACAAAAGUCAAAAUCAGAGGACAAGUAAUGAACAUAAAAUUUGUAACAGUAGGUCAUAUUUUCAGAAGACUUUUAAGGUUGACAGAAAUGUAUGUCCCUAAUUCCCAUGACAAAAAACAAUUCAAAAUAACCACAAGUCAUAGAAGUAGACAGGUUCAAAGUAUUUUAAGUGUAACCAAAUGUAAAAAUAGUUCAGAUAGUUUGCCCAAUGAAAACCUGUGCAUAUAUCUCUGUGAAUCUGUUAGAAAGAGAAUUGUAAAUAGUCAUGUAUGCUUAGCUCUGUAUAUUCUGUGUAUUCCAUCUGAGAAGAAAUCAGCAGAUAAUUAUAACUUACAAUUUUGUUAUAAAAUGUAUGAUUUUGGGGUAUUCUAUGGGAUUUGGUAUUUCUAUUUUAUAAAUAGGUUAGAAAAAUACAUUUACAUUUAUAUAUUUUAUAUAUUGUAUUUGAAAAUUUUAUGUGUGAACUACAUGUAUGUGUUUUCUAUACAUGUUAAAUAUAUACCAAUGUGUAUAAUAUAUAUUUUUUACUUUAAUAAAAUAUUUUUUAUAAAACCUU